AUGAGUAGCACAAAAAGGAGAUCAUUUGAAACUGAAGACAAGAAAAACCUUUUAAAAACUCUAUCUAAAAAGCAAAUUACUUUACCUCACGAAAGAGCAAGCCUAUUAAAUCCUCUAUCAAAAUCUCCUAAUGAUGGUUUUCGGACUUUCAACAGAAGAAACACAUGCAUGGCUUCCAGCUUAGAAUUUGACGGGCUAUUAGAACUCCAGCAUGAAAAAUCAUGGCCUAAGCCUACUUCAAUAUCAACAGACAGUGUAAAAAGUAUCGUUGGGAAGAAUUUUCUUGAGCUGAUAUCCAGGACAAAUUUGAAGAGGAGAAGGAAAAAUACUUGAAUAGAUAAUACUGACUCUGAAAUUAAAGAAGAAAAAGAAAGAGUCACAAAGCUAAUUUUUUCAUAUCAGCUUAGAGAGCCUAUUAAAAAAUUAGAUAAAAGAUUAUCAGCUUCAUCUGAAACUGGAAUUUUUUUAAAAAUUUCAGAUAAAAGAUUUUCGCCAAGAAAAAGCGAAAAUAAGCAAAACUUGUCAAUAAAAUUACUAGAAGACUCAAGAGAUAAUUCAUCUUCUGAUAUAACGCCAAGGAAUUAUAUUGAAAUUACUCCAAAGACACAAAGGCAUAGGGCAAAUAAUGAAGAAUGAAAAGAUAUGGGCAGAAGAAAAAAAUUUUAUGGUGCGGAAAACCUAAAAGAUAAAAAAUUGCCCGUGAUAAAUAAAAAUGUAAAAAGAAAGUCUCAGGAAUAUAGAGUAUUUGUUAAGAGUGAGAUUUAA